CCGCCGUCAGUUAAACCGCGUACGUUGCUAGGAGAGGUCGUAUCGCUCGCGCGCCAAACCGGUCGGAAUGUCGGGGAACCUGUCGGCGGGAUGGCGGACCAGGGCGUGAUAGUUGCGCCAUGUUGAAGCAUGCUCAGCGGCCGCCGGCGGCGAACGAUGGCGACCACCGAUACCAGAACAUGCCGCGGCGGCCGCACCAUCACAUACCCUUGAACGUCUCCACCUUGGACUCCUCCAAACACUCGGUGGGCGGAACUUCUGCGAGCGUCAGCCCCGGAGCCCAGCCGCAGCCCGCUCCGGCUCCGGUGCCCGUGGUGGCGGCCGGGCCGGUCGUGGCGCCUGCCAAGCUGGCCAAUGGCGUCGCAACAGGGAUGGCGAGGCAGCCGCCGCCCAGGAGUCGCACCAUACGAGCGGCCACCGAGGAGGCCCUGACGUCUCUCGCGUUACUGUGUCUGGUGAGCCUGCUCCUGGCGCUGCUGGCUCUGCUGUUCCUCCUCAAGAUAUCCGCGCCGGCGAGCAGCGCUCCCGAGGAGUUCGCGGUGGUUUACGAAGUGACGCUGGCUCUGUGUGCGUUAACAUUGUCGUUAAACUUGUGCUGCCUGCUCGUGUGUGCGAUUCAAUUCUUGUUUGCCGUGAAGCUGGUACAUUCACCACCAGCGCCAAACGGAAGAUCCAACAAAUACUUGCAGAAGUCUGCGAUUACAAGAGUAUGUGCCGUUGGAGGCUUUUUCAUUUCCAUACCAGUUUUUCUAACGGGAAUCAUUCUCUACACCUUCAUCCAAUUCCACUCGACACCAGCAAUAGUCACCUCAGUCUUCAUCGGCGUAGGGAUUAUUUUCUGUGGCUGUGCGAUGGUCCACAACGUAUUCGUGUGGCAAAAAGAGAAGACGAACCUGGUAAAGGCGUUCCGGAGUGCAGAGAUAACGAGUAUGAACACUUCGAAUGGUGUUAUCAUGAACGGCCACUUGAACAACACGGGGAAUGUUAGCUUUCAUAGCAUGAACUCUCCGUAUACGCAUCCCAUAACGCUACUGCAGCAAGGUGGUCCGUAUAUUAUUAGACCGCCAACGAGUACACCGCCGGGUGAAGGGGCAACCACGCCGGGCGGGGGCAUGCCGCCGGCGACCGUCGACUUGAGCCACGAUACUCACGAGCUCAGCACACUGGUGUGAGUCGUGGUGUGUCGUGGCUCGAGCGUGGAGCGUGGAGCGAACUCACUGCCGACAAGCCAGAGUUCUAGUCAACAUUUGUACUUGAGGCCAGAGAGCCUAGUUUUAACUGCCAUGUCUACUCAGGAAGCGACCAUUGAUUUUGUGUAAUGUUUUUUCUUUCAGUACAGUACUGGAUAUAUAAGCGCUUAGCCACAAGUUGACGUGAGAUUUUCAGUAAUUCCCGUUCUAUUAUGAUAGAUUUUUUUUUAAUGUUCGAUAAUUUGAUAAUAAAAACAUUAAUGCGCAGCGCCUCAUUUCAAGUUCAUGAAUGUAUGCCUUAUUUUAUAAACUCAUGACCUUUACCGACACGCAUUUCGUACAACUAUUACUACUAACAAUAAUAGUGGGCUAUGGUAAGUAGGUAUGUGUUUUUUUGUACGAGUACGGAAUUGUUUCAAUUGUUGAGAAGUGAGAACACCUGCUCUGAAUUUCGUCAUCAUUAUAAUUAUUCCUUCAUGAGGUUGUUUCAUUAAAAACAAGAAAUUACAAUUAAACAAAGAUAAAAUAAAAAAUAAAUGUGUGUAGUUAAGAGCGCCCUUAAGAAGUUAUUUUUUUUUCGACACAGAGAAAAACAAAUUAAAUAUCAUUUUGUACAUUUCUCAAAAGAUCAUAAAAUAAAGAUUAAAAUAUACAAUCAAUCAAUUCACAUCAAUUAUAAAAAGAAAUACUUCGAAUAAGUUAUAAUAAUUACUUUUAGUUUUAUUUAUUAUAUCUAUUAACUACUCAAUUAAAAUUGGGGUAAUAGCUCUUAUUAUAAUCGUUAUAAAAUACGUGUUCUGUAAUAAUAAAGUAAUAUUUAACAACAAACUUCAUGUUGCAUUUACUACACCUAUAAUAAUUAUAUGGCUGUGUGUGCAACAAUACAUACUUACAUAUUAUUGUGAGGACCAAGUUUUUAUUAGUUUUGUUAAUGUGACUGUAAAUAAUAGUUGUAAUAAGUGUUUUGCCAAUAAUAAUUUAUAUUUAGUAAGUUAUGAGUGCAGUGCCUACUUUAUUAUUAAGAAAUACAAUAUUUAUGUAUAUCUGGAAUGAAAUAUGAAUAUAUUUUAUAAUUCUAUUGUAUAAGAUGUAAAUAAUUAAUUAAUAAGUAUUGAUUGUUUAUUUGUAUUAUAUACAUACAUACAAACAUUUAACUGGAUAUUUUUAUUAUCUGUGGCGGUAAAUAUGUAGAUGUUUAUUUUCUACUUUGAUCGUCGGCAUCUUAUAUGAUAAUAUAUACGUCUACAAACACUGACACAGCCCGCUGUCAACACGUCAAAAAUAAUAGUAGCCAACUGUUAAGCUCGAUUCUCAGCAACACACACACACUAAAACAAAGUAACAUACGUAUGGCGAGUGUAACACAUAUAUCAUGACACGCGCACUAAAGUAAAUAAACCUGGCCCGUUAUCAUGCGUGGCCUAACAGCAAGAGGCUCUAUGUAGACAUAUAAAUGAUGUAAGGUCGGUAGUGUAGCAAUCAUUUAGUGCCGGCCAGUUUAUAUUGUAGUUCUUUGCAUCAAAAUAAAAAUUGCACAGUGUAGAGCUACAAUGGUAAUUAUAAAUAAGGCACGGGUCUCGAGCCCCUCAGUAGGAAACACUCAAAGCUUGAUGGAAGAGAAGACUUUUAAGGCAUCAUCUGUAUUUGAGACAUGUCAGUUUAAAUAAUUUAUGUUUUUAUAAGUUACACAAGAACUAAAAAUCACGGAAAUUGUUAUGAAGACACACUAAGUUAAUUCGAUGUUAUGUACGGCCAUGUUUAAAAUCAAAUCACGUGUAUACUAUGUAUAAGUUACAUCCCACCUGUGCGUUAUUAAUAAACACAAUAAUAGGCCAAUGUAUAUUUGUACAUAGCUACAUUCAAAUUAUGUAUGUAAUUAAUUUAUUUUUAAUUUAUGACAUACGCUAUUUUAGUGACAAUAAAAAAUUAUUUGAAAA